CCAGUUGUUCCUCAUACUGACUGAUGUUGUUCCUGAUGUCCUGCUGCCUCUCCUCCUCCUCUUCCUCUCUCAGGAUGAAGAUGAUCUCCCUGCUGCUCCUCAUCCUCAGCUCAUGUCUCUGUGCAACAUUUGUAGUGAAUGUGACCCAGAGCAGCUAUGAGGCAGAGGAGAACCACAGCAUCACUCUGGAGUGGACCUUCACCACCAGGACUCAGGGAUCCUACAGGGAACUGUUCAUCUACUGUGAAUUUAAAACCUCAGUAAAGAGCAGGAUAAUAUAUGUUCAGCGUGAUGGAGUUGAGUUUCCAGAGUCUCAGGAUGAUCAGUUUUCAGGACGAGUCCAGAGUGACAAAGACGUCCUCAGAGAAGGACGAAUCAGACUCCAUGUGUCCAGACUGAGGACUGAAGACUCUGGUCUGUAUCUGUGUGACGUGAAAACUGAAGAUGGAUUCAACUCUGGAAGAUGUCGAUUGAAUGUAUCUGCUAGAAGGAGUCAUUCUGAACCAAAGAUUAAACCUGAAACUACAAACGAAACAAGUCUAAGGAAAUGGGGUCAUUUUGUUGCAUGGGUUGUAGUUAUAGCUGUUUCCUCCAGUUGUUACUUGUUCUACAAAAAAGUAAAAUCAGAAAAUAAAAUCAUGUCUUAAGUUUCAAUCUUCUGG